GUUUUGAACCAGUUAAACGGUUUCAGCGGGUGAGCGGAGGUAGUACUGUUACCGUCCAGGACGUUUACACAUGAGCCGUGGAACGAAGUGGACGUUCCUUUACUUUAGCACAUUUAUUUUCACGUCAGUAUGCGAUAAAUAUUGGUUUUAAAAUUAACGGAGCAGCGACCAUUGGAUUUCUUUCUCGGAAACUUGGACAUCAAAGAGGACAUUACGCAUGCACCGACCAUACAGACAAAGACAAAAACACUGCAAAAUGGAUCUGCCGGUGCAAGACUGAAAAAAUAAACAAAUGACAACCAGAAAUACUGAGACACAUACAACUGAUGCGCAGGACUGACUGCAGGAAGCCAUCACCAUGAACUCCGUACUGUCAUCCGUACGUUCCCUCAUGCAAAUGUUUGAUGGCAAAGUGCAAGAAUUCAUCAGUGACAUUGAUAAUGUCCAUGUGGUUUGGCUCGAAGAGAUCCAACAAGAAGCCAACCGCAUGUUCUCAAGGGAUUUUAAUGCUGAGCCAGAAUUAAUGCCAAAAACACCAUCACAGAAGAAGAAUAGUCGCAGAAAGCGUGUAUCUGUGGGGCGUCAGGAAGAAAAUCAAACAAGGCGAAGGUUUUCAAAGGGAAAGCGCAGUAACCUUCGUGGCUCUUCUGUCAAAUCACUGAACUUCAUUGCUGAAGAAUCCAUUCCCGAGGCUUCCACCUCUGAAGCCAGCACCGCCACACAACCUAAACGCACCACCCGCAAAAACAAACAGACUAAGCCAGAGGUGUUGGAGGAGGGGAGCCACUCUCCUCGUGGCAGCUGUGAAAGUGAAGAGGUGCAGAACAGGAAGCCAGAGCUGGUAGAGGAAGAAGAGGUGGACAAAAAUAACACGGUGAACAAUGCAGAAGUUGAGCCUGACAACGCAUGUAGCACUACUGGGUCUCCACCCUCACCCAAGGUUGAUGUUGGCCUCUCAUCAGCUGGCCGCUUCUCUGCUGAGAAGGUGAACACUGCAGAAGUCAAGUCUGACAAACGCAGCACUUCCCAGUCUCCACCCAAGAUACCCUCACCUGAGGUCAUCGUCAGCAUCUCCUCAGCAGACCGCAGGUCCGCUGAGCUUGUUGUAAAGCCAGAGCCCUCUCCUGGCCGCACAGCUGCUAAGAUUGCAAUAGCCGGAGCCGCUCAAAGCUCACGACGGAGCUCCGUGCGGUGCUCCCUAAAGCUACGUCACUCGCUGGCUGGUCUGCGACACAGUAUGACACAGGAGUCUGUUCGCCGCGCAUCUCGUCGCUCGAUGCUGAAGAGGAAGGCAGUUCGCAUGGGCAACUCUUCAUGUAGCAGCAACAUUAGUGAGGAUUCUUGCAUCAACACUGCAGAGGAAGAGGAUAAAGACGACGUGUUUGAAGCUGUAACUCCAGACACAGAGGAUAAUGCUGCAGAGGAGGAAUCUAAGGAAACUCCAGAGAUUAAGCAGAGGGUGCAUCCAUCUGUCGGACGAGUUACACGCUCUGUGGCUGCAAACUCUCCCAAACUGGCGCCCCCAUCGUUGUAUACCAGUGAACAGAAGGUCAGCACUCCAGACAAGAGAGCAGUUGUAACUGACAAGCAGCGGACUUCCCAGUCAGUUCGCAGGUCACGGCGUAGUACCAAACGUAAAGCACCGGAUACUGUAGAGGAAAGUCCAACAAAGAGGUUCUCUCCUCCCAAGAAAAGUCAGAGUGCGAUCAGGCCCAACAUGAGAACUUUCCUCCACACUGUGCAGAAGAAUCAGAUGCUAAUGAUGACUCCGAAUUCACUCGGCCGCACAGGUGUUAUCAAGUCCUUCAUUAAACACACCACCCCAGUGAGGGCUGAUCCUAAAUUGAGUAUUGGUAUAGUGACCAAAGAGCGUCACAAGCUGGAAGCACUCAAAAAGAAACAGGAGCAAGAGGAGGAACGGAUGAAGAAAAUGGAGGAGGAGAAGAAAAGGAAACAGGAGGAACUUAAAAGGAAGAGGGAUGAGAGGCUGAGAAGAGUGUUUGAAGCCAAAGUCAAAGAAGACCAGAGGGAGGAGGAGAAGAAGAGGAAGAUUGCUCAAAAAAUGGCUCAGAUUGAUGAGAAAAAUGAUAAGCGACUGGCAGAGGAGAAGGCCAAGAAGAAAGUGGCCCUGAAGCGUCAAGAGGAGCUGGAGCAGAAGAGGUUGGAAGAAGAGGCGAGGAAGAAGAAGAUUCAGCAAGCAGAGGAAGAGAAGAGGCAGCAGGAGUUACUGGCCAAGAAGAAGGCUGAGGAGGAGGAGCAGCGAGCUCGUAAGAUGGCUGAAGCUCGCAAAGCACUGGAGCUGAAGAGGGAGCAGGAGCGAGAGAGAGAGCGACAAGCUGCUGCAGAAAGGGAGCGAGUGGAAAAAGAAAAAGCUCUCGCUCUGCAGCGUGAACUGGAGAGAGCAGCAAGAGAGAAGGAGAGAAGAGAACUGGAGGAGAAAAGAAAGGCACUUGAGGAAAAAAGAAAACAGCAGGAGGAGCAGCUGAGGUUGGCUGCAGAGGAGAAAGCUGCUAAAGAGAGAGAAGCUGCUAAACAGAAAGAGGCUGCUGCUAAACAGGCUGCUGCUAACCUGAAUGUGACUGUAGAUAUCGAGCGCUCUGUGAUGAGUACACCUGUAGGAAAAGGUGGUGGCCUCAACGUGACUGUGGACAUUGAGCAAUCACCUCAGUCGUACUCCAUCACUCCAAAGGGCGGCAACAAACCUCUGGUCCUGUCCAAAAAUCCAGAGGAUUACGGGAUGGACCAAAACAGUGACGAUUCCACUGAUGAUGAGUCUGCCCCAAGGAAACCUAUCCCAUCCUGGGCAGAGGGUCCGAACCUGCAGCAGAUAAUCAUGAAGCAGUACUUCAACCCUCCAGAUUUUGAUUCUUUCUUCGGAGCAAUUGAACCACCAAAACUGGAAAACAUCUUUUACAAGAGCAAGCCUCGCUAUUUUAAACGCACCAGCUCUGCUGUGUGGCACUCACCUCCAGUUGGAACCAAGUAAUGUCUGUACACUGAUACAGAUAUACACUGCUGUAUAAAGUUUAGUUCUUAUUUUAAAGUUUUCUUUUUCAAAUAAAGUUAUGUUUUUUGAAUGUUUUUGAUUUUUUUUUUUUUCAAUAUAAGAUUUGUGUAAAAGGUUUUAGGCAUCCAUAUUUUUGGAAUAUUGUUUAGAAUGUAAAAUAUCAUGGGUUUGAGUGAUGAGUGUGUCAUGUGAUGAAGCUGAUGCUUCACACUUGUACUUGAAAAUGAAUUUGUAUUAUAACAGAGUGGGAUCUGAACUUUUUGAAGGUUUUGCCAAAUGACCAGUAAAAACUUUGAUUUGUCUAAUGUGUGUACUGACUGUAAAUUAUAGGAUUCCCAUGUUUGGGAUUUAUCCAGUGCAUUAAAAUGGUUGAUUGCACCAA